AUGAAGUUUUCUCACAGCGAUAACCUUUACGUUGAAAUGAUGAUUGAUCCUCAGCGUCGCACACCUAUCCCUCCAAUUGUGAGAGAUUCUUUCAUUGUACAAACGGUGAAUCGUCCGCCUUCCACCUUUGACUUUGAUGGCGAAGACGCGAUGAAUAUCCCGUGGAUAUCCGAUACCCAUCCAGGUCUUACCGGUAUCCACGCCAAGGAGAAGCCGUCCAGUCUCCCGCAGGCGGGGGCUAAUGGACAGGGCGGCGAACGUCUUUCACAACCUCAAUCCAACAGUCAUCCCAACAUUGUUCCGGUUUCUAAUCCUCCGGGCCCGCCUGGAUCAUCCCUACAAGUUUCGCGAGAAACCCCGCGCAGUGCCAUAAUUACCAAAAGAAAGCAAAUGUCGAGUAGCAACAAAGUCACAAUACCUCGCCAACGGUCCGGAACGACCACCCGUUAUAGUCACCGUGUACCCUUGGCAUGCGAAACUUGCAGAAUACGCAAAACAAAAUACAGUGGUGACACACCCAUUUGCAGACAGUGUUUAGAGUCAAAAAUCAACUGUCAGUACCCAGUUUCAUGGCGCGAGCGAUUAAAAGGGUUUGUCUCUCCUAUCUUACCUCACUGGGCACCCCAUAUCUUUUGCGCCAUGAUAACUGACUCCAAGUUGAAUUACUAUGAGAACCUUCUCCGUGAGAUUAACCAACUUAUUGACGGCCGGAUGUCAGAGCAGAUUAAGCAUACUCUUGACAAAUACGCCGAACCUGGGAACGAACCCUCGAGCGACCAGCUAUCUACAAACUCGGUGUCUGCUGUUAAUGAAGAGCCCGAGGCUGAUUUGAAGAGUCUGCCGUCUUCUAUUGGGUCAUUAGAUACGAUCAACCAUGUAGAUGAGGAUCUAAAUCGCAGCUCACAUGCCCGGGCUACAGGGUAUAUAGGAAAGAAUUCAGAGGUUACUUGGCUGCAACAAUUAGGCAGGGAGGGUGAUCACCAUACACGCAACUUACCAGGGCCAGCCAAACUCCAGCCAGAUCACAACUUCACCCUUCAUUCUGUAAAUUAUUAUCUCAAUAAUUUAGACAUAAUACCUCCUGGACCCGUGUAUCUUUAUUAG